AGGAGUGUUAUAAAAGCCUGAGCUUGCAGCUUCCAGUUGUCAGGAAGAGAAGGCUCCCAUGGAUCUGGUGGUAGUGCUGGGGCUCUGUCUCUCCUGUUUGCUUCUCCUUUCACUCUGGAAACAGAGCCAUGGGGGAGGGAAGCUUCCUCCUGGCCCCACUCCUUUUCCAAUUCUUGGAAACGUCCUGCAGUUAGAUUUUAAGGACUUAAGCAAAUCUUUAACCAAUCUGUCAAAAGUCUAUGGGCCCGUGUUCACUGUGUAUCUGGGCAUGAAGCCCACUGUGGUGGUGCAUGGGUAUGAAGCAGUGAAGGAGGCCCUAGUCGAUCUUGGACACGAGCUUUCUGGAAGAAGCCGUUUCCUAGUGACUGCAAAACUUAAUAAAGGAUUUGGAGUCAUUUUCAGCAAUGGAAAGAGAUGGACGGAGACCCGGCGCUUCUCACUCAUGACCCUGCGGAAUUUCGGAAUGGGGAAGAGGAGCAUUGAGGAACGAGUUCAAGAAGAAGCCCACUGCCUGGUGGAGGAGCUGAGAAAAACCAAUGCCUCACCCUGUGAUCCCACCUUUAUCCUGGGUGCUGCUCCCUGCAAUGUGAUCUGCUCCGUGAUUUUCCAGAACCGUUUUGAUUACACGGACCAGGAUUUUCUUAGUUUGAUGGGAAAGUUCAAUGAAAACUUCAAGAUUCUGAAUUCCCCCUGGGUACAGUUCUGCAAUUGUUUUCCUAUUCUCUUCGAUUAUUUCCCUGGGAGUCAUAGGAAAGCAGUUAAAAAUAUUUUUUAUGUGAAGAAUUAUAUUACAGAGCAAAUAAAGGAACACCAAAAAUCCCUGGACAUUAACAAUCCUCGGGACUUCAUUGAUUGUUUCCUGAUCAAAAUGGAACAGGAAAAGUGUAAUCAACAGUCUGAAUUUACUAUUGAAAACUUACUGACCACAGUGAGUGAUGUGUUUAUGGCUGGAACAGAGACAACAAGCACCACCCUGAGGUAUGGACUUCUACUCCUGAUGAAGCACCCAGAAGUCAUAGCUAAAGUGCAGGAGGAGAUCGAGCGUGUGAUUGGCCGACACCGGAGCCCCUGCAUGCAGGACAGGAGCCGCAUGCCCUACACGGAUGCCACGGUGCACGAGAUCCAGAGAUACAUUAACCUCAUCCCCAACAAUGUGCCCCAUACAACAAUCUGUAACCUUAAGUUCAGAAACUAUCUCAUCCCCAAGGGCACAGAUGUACUAACAUCACUGUCUUCUGUACUGCAUGACGACAAAGAGUUCCCCAACCCAGACAGGUUUGACCCUGGCCACUUCUUGGAUGCCAGCGGCAACUUUAGGAAAAGUGACUACUUCAUGCCUUUCUCAACAGGAAAACGAGUGUGUGUGGGAGAGGCCCUGGCCCGCAUGGAGCUGUUUCUGUUCCUGACUGCCAUUUUACAGAACUUUACCCCGAAACCUCUGGUCAACCCAAACAAUGUUGAUGAAAAUCCAUUCUCCAGUGGAAUUGUCCGUGUGCCACCCUUGUACCGGGUCAGCUUCAUUCCUGUCUGAGGAAGGUCAGGUCACGGGAUGCCAUGCUUACAUCUGCAAUUCCCCUUCCUCCAGGACACUCGCCAACUGUUUCCCCCUGUCAUGGGGGCCUGCUCUGACCUGGCCUCUGACAUUUCCUCAUUGCGCAAGAUCCAUUCUCCAUUCGGUGGGAGUCACCUGGGUCCCUUCACAAAUGUAUGUUUGCUAUCACCACACUUAAUACUCUUGGCCUGACCACCACAUGGGCUUAUACUUGUAUAAUACUAUGUUAUAUGCUGUCACUGUAAAUUUGGGCAAGAUGAUUGACAUUGGACAGUUUGGAUCCGUAUGUCCUCUGCAUGCUCUAAAUAGAAGCAUUAUUAAUUGCUGAAAUCAGUUCUCAAGUUUUCUUCUUUGUACAUAAUUUGAGUAAAAAUUAAAGGAAACAGAUUCCCAAG